AUGGGAGAGGACGAUAUGAUGGAUGAAUGUGAGUAUGAGCAUGAGGAUAGUAUUUUUUAUGAUGAGAAGUAUCCUGAUGAUGAGUCAUACUUAGAGGAGUUGCAGCAGGAAGAAGAGUUGGGUGAUGAGUUAGACGGUGAGGAGAUUUUUGCAGAAUUUACAGAUUAUGAUUAUGAUGAUGCAUAUGGAUUGGAUUCAAUUGAGGAUUUAUUGAAACUUGACUUUUUAAGCAUUGGUGAGGUUGAAGUUGACAAGUUUCACUUUGGAACCCUAGCCAUUGCUUUUGAAUUUUACAACAGAUUUGCAAAGAGCCAAGGUUUCAGUGCAAGAAAAGAUAAAAACUGGAAGAACUCAAACGACGAGACCUACAUGCAGAGAUUUGUGUGUUUUCGGCAAGGAUAUCGAUUAGAGAAGUGGUACACUUUGCCAAACAGAAAAAGGGAACCAAAGACCGAGACAAGAACUGGGUGCGAAGCUCAAUUCCUAGUCAAGUUUGUUGGGGUAACUGGAAGAUGGCAUGUGACUCGAUUUUCAAAUGUUCAUAAUCACGAACUAUUGGAAAGCCGGUUGAGCAGGUUAUUGCCAGCUCAUAGGAGUAUGUCCAAAGCCGAAAUUGCACUCAUGAACAACAUGCGCAAGUCGGGAAUUAGCACAUCCCAAGUUUAUGCUUUGCUAGCAAGUCAAAGUGGUGGUUUUGACAAGUUGAACUAUGGCCCCAGAGACAUGUACAAUCAAAUAGCUAAGGCGAGGCGUGAGAUUCCAGAGGAUGUGGGUAGAGCAUUAAAUUAUUUGGAGGGGAUGGCUGCAAACGAUAAAUCUUUAUACUACGAAGAGCUUCGGGCGACGGAUGGAAGGUUACUAAAUCUCUUUUGGUGUGAUGGUUUAUGUAGAGAAGACUAUAAAUUGUUUGGAGAUGUUGUUGCGUUUGAUGCUACAUACAACAAGAAUAAAUAUAGGUGUCCUUUUGUUGUGUUCACAGGUGUCAACCAUCACAACCAAACUAUUGUCUUUGCUGCAUGCAUUGUAACAGAUGAGACGGAUGAGACUUAUAUAUGGGUGUUGCAACAGUUUUUGGAGGCAAUGAAUGGUAGAGCCCCAUCCUCUGUGAUAACUGAUGGGGCAAAGGCAAUGAAGAAUGCGAUUGAGAAAGUAUUCCCUGGUGCUCACCACAGAUUGUGUGCUUGGCAUCUCCUACGUAAUGCAACUACAAAUAUGUGUAGUCCUCGUUUCACAUCUAAGUUUAGGGAUUGUAUGUUAGGAGAUUACGAGAUUCCAGUAUUCCGUAACAAGUGGCAAAUAUUAGUAGAGGAAUUUGGGGUUGAGGAAAAAGAAUGGCUAAAUGAAAUUUAUGAGAAACGUCGAUCAUGGGCAACAUGUUACAUCCGAGGGAAGUUCUUUGCUGGAUUUAGGACUACAUCACGCUGCGAGGGUUUGCAUUCAUUGAUUGGGAAGUACACUAAGCCUCAUUAUGACUUAUCCGAGUUUAUUGAGCACUUCCAACGAAUGUUGGGCCAUAUGCGGUUUAGGGAAUUUUAUGCUGAAUAUGAAUCUGCUCGUGGAGUUCUAGUUAUGCAAACUUGUAUUGAACCCCUUGAGAUGUGUCUGCUGAUACUUACACAAGGGAGGGAUGUGCGUGAAAUUCCUAAAUGUCUAGUGUUGCAUAGAUGGACUAAGAAAGCAAAAUAA